AUGAAAGAGAAAGCAGGAAAAAUAGAGGAAGCAGCUCUCAUGCUGCAGGACGUGCAGGUGGAGACGUUCGGCGCAAUGGAGCGUGAGGAGAAGACAAAGUAUAUUCUGAAGCAGAUGGUAUUGUUGCUGCGUCGUUCAGAUUAUAUUCGUUGUCAGAUAGUAAGCAAGAAGCUCAGCACAAAGCUGCUGGAGGCAGCAGACUUGCAGCCCCUGAAAUGUUUGGAGUUCUUUGCAAUAUUUAUGGUCCUCGCUCCGUACGACGCAGAAGCAAAAGAUCUAAUUGCAAAAACUCUUAAAGAGGAGAUAAAGAAGGUUCAGCAGCUGCCCACCUUCGAGUGA